AAUGAGAUUUAGUUGUUGUCGGUCUGAAAGAACAUUUGAUGUUAGGGUUAUCUGGGUCAUGUUUGUUGAGUAGUUAAUAAACCCAACAAAAAAAAAAAAAAAUUCAAAUGCUUAAACUCAAUUAUAUGGCUUUGCACAAUGGUAGCCUAACCUAUUUAAUUGGGGACAACAACAAUGACUAGUUCUCAAUCAGUGCAAAUCCCACCCACAUUUUGUUCUUCAUUGAUGUGAGACAGUAAGUUUUAUGGUACUAAUUUUUUUUUCUUUCAGUGAAUUCUUGCGACACAUUGUUGCUUUCAUGAUUUUAUAUGAGCUAAAAACUGUAGUUAAAGCUAAAUGAUCUGUAUGGCUAAAUGUUGGGAGACAUUUAUGCAUAGUACUUUCUGUUUCUCUUGUAAGAAUUAGUGGUUGCAAAAUUUAAACUUGUAGCAGUAUAUUCGAACAAUAAUACUGACUUUUGCCUUUUCUUUUUUCCUCCCUUCCUCGGAUAGCUAAACAAGAAUUGAGCCAUGGAAAUGAAUGACGUUAAUGUUGAUGAUAAAUAUAUGAAUAUGGGCAAUCCUGAGUCAAAUACAGUUCAUUUACACGUAGAGGCCUCAUCAAGUGGAGAGGGCAUCGAAGAAAUGCUGAAUACCAUUUUGGAUAGAGUUGACUUGGACUUAGUAUGUUCUAAUGAGAAAUUGGUAAAUUUGCAUGUACUUCUGAUGCUCCUUUUGGGUUGGGACAAUGGUCCUGAAGCGAUGGUCUUUGGGAAUAAUGAUAUUUCAGGUCAGUUCAUUGAGAAGGCAUUGGUAUUUGACCUUUUAUGUGGAAUUUUAGAUUCUGAGUUGAGGGAAGUGGAAACUUUCUUGGAAACCAUUCAAGCGAAGAUUGUUGAUGCCGGUCAUAAAAUAUCUUCAUGCAGACCUUUGGGGGCACUAUUCAAUAAAAUGGAAAAGAAGCAGCAUGAUUCAGGAGAAUUUCUGAAAAAGAAUCAAGAGAUUGUCUUGGAGGUGAAGAUGCAGUCAACCAAGCUGCAUAUUAAGAGAUGCAUAUUAAUAGGGAACAAUGACGACACCGUGGAUAUAUCUGAGUUGUAUCAGCUAUCAAACAUCAUUGGGAAAUCAAAAGUACAGACUGUUGAACAACAAAGACAUAUUCUAAGGAUGCUUGAAAAAUCACUUGCAAGGGAGCUAGAUCUUGAAAGGAAAUUAUCAGAGUCUGGACAAAACGAAGAACAAUUAAAACUGAAGCUGCAUUAUACUGAACAAGUUGCUCUUCGCAUGGAAGAGGCAGCAGAAGUUGUUUGGGGAAGGUUUCUAGAGGCAGAAAAUGCUACUGAGGUGCUCAUGGGGAUUUCAAAGGAACUGCUAGGUCGACUUCAGAUUGUUCAAUUUAACCUGAAUGGUUCAAUUCAACGAGAAGCUGAGCUCAAAUUUAAACUCGAAGAUUGCAUUGAAGAGUUAAAUGCCAAAGAUAUUGCUAUAAAAAAGCUUGAGAGCAGCAAUGCAGAACAUGCUGCAAAAGCUUCUGAAGUAUUCACUUUGAAGAAGAAGGUGAAAUUACUGGAGGAACAGCUAAAAGAAUCUGAGCUACAGCUGAAGAAAGCAAAUGCUUCCAAUGAAACAAGUCAAGAGCAUCUUCAUGAAAUGGAAAUCAUUACUGAUUCACUGAAAGAAAGUAUGUGUGAAGCAGAAACUAGGGCUGAAUGUGCAGAAGCCAAAGUUACAGAGUUAACAGAUGCAAGCUUGGAACUUACGGAAGAGUUGAAUUUUCUUAAAGGUAAUAAUGAUAAUAACACAAAGAAGGUGACCUCACUUGAGAAGCAGUUGAGGGAAUUGGAGAUUCAACUACAGCAUGCAAAAGCAUCUUCUGAAGCAAGUCAGGAGCAGCAAAACAUGCUGUACUCUGCAAUUUGGGAUAUGGAAACUUUAAUUGAAGAUCUAAAAUCUAAAGUUUCAAGAACUGAAAGUAAGACUGAGAGUGUUGAGGAGCAAUGCAUUUUAUUAUCUGAAUCUAACUUCGAACUUAAUAACGAGCUAGGCAUUCUAAGGCAUAGAAUUGAAUGCUUGGAGACAUCUUUAGACCAGGCUAACGCUGAAAAAAAAGCAAAUGCUAAAGAAAUCAAUUAUAGGACCAAGCUAAUCACAGAUAUGUGUACCCAACUAUCUGCAGAAAGGGAGCGCAUUCAAAAGCAGCUAUUUUCAUUAAUAAAGGAGAAGGAGAUAUUGGUGAAAAAGUUACAAAAUACGUCAAAAACUGACUCUGCAGCGGUCUGCAACUCUGGAGAUGAUGAUGGCGAUGAGAUAUCUGUUUCCAAGACUGAUUCAAUUAAAGCUACUUGCACAAAAACAUUCGAGAAAGCAGUUCCCUCAGCCACAGGUGUACGGGUGGAUGAACCAUCAAAAGAUGCAUAUCUGUAUAUGACUGCAGUUGGGCCUUCUGGUGCUGUAACUGUUGGUGGCACCGGCACAAUUUCAAGGGUAGAAGGUGCGAGAAAAGAGAAGACAGGCCACUUUAAUCUGUUAUAUAUUUUGAUACCGAUUCUCUUAAUUGUACUAUUUUCAGCAUUAACUUUAUAUUUCUUGAGUGAGACACCUGCCCUCUUGGGUUAGUUUUGAUGGCCACUUAAAUCCUGUGUUGCUGGCACACAUUGUGCCCUAUUAUGUAUAUUCUUGCAUUUCAGUUGAUGAGUGUGCAUUCAUUAUCAUAUCUUAUAUUCUAUUUUUAC